UAACUGGGUAACUGAGUUGUCAUUUGCCGGCGUAGUUUCUGGUGUCGUUGUUAAUAUAUUUCUGCUGUUUCCUGAUUUUGUUGUUCUUGGAGAUAAUAGUCUUGUCACUGGAGUCAUCAUUGGAGUCACCAUUGGAGUCGCUGUUGGAGUCUCCAUUUUUGGAGUUACUAGUAAUAGUCUCGUCGCCAUUAAAAUCAGUAUUGGAGUUACUGUUUAUGGAGUUCUGAUUAGUUUUCUUACCCUUGGUAAUAGUCAUGUCGCUAGAGUCACUGUUGGAGUUGCAUUUUUGAAGUUACUAGUUAGUUGCCUUACUCUUGGUACUGUACUAUUUUGUCACAUUCGUGUUCGCUUUUUCUGUACGAUAGCUUUUUUGUAG